AUGUCGUCGUACCACCACCACCGAAGAUCCGAGUUUAAUUUCUGGGACAAGGGUGCUUCUCUCUGCGUGCGGGCCCCGUACGUGACCGUACUCACAAAGAACAUUAGCGUUAUGACGGUGUAUUGCGACCGCUGCGACCGCUACUUCCCUCACUACGGUGCCCUCGCGCAGCACGAGCGGGCGUCGAGUGCACACUGGCUCUGCGACGACUGCGAGAUCGACACGACGUGGACGGGGCUGAAGGAGCACUACGUCCAGAGCCGCAGACACUUCUACUGCCAGCACUGCGACGAGCAUUUCGACGAUGGCGGCGAGCUGGCGGAACACAUGGACGACGCACAUUUCUACUGCUCUUCGUGUGAGCGGGUGUUCAAGAACGAGCAGGGGCUGCACGAGCACUGCCGCCAGUCGAGCGUGCACCACUACUGCACCCCCUGCCGCCGGCUGUUCACCUCCGCAAACAACCUCAACGCGCAUAUGAACUCGGCGCUGCACAAGCCACGCACGAUCACGUGCCCCGGCCGCGGCUGCGGGCAGUCCUUCAUCAACGGCCCGUCGCUCGCCGCGCAUCUCGAGGCGGGCAGCUGCGCGGCCGGGCGCGAACCGGCAGUCGCUCAACCGCUACAUCCGCGCAGGACACGCGCAACGUGA